UGUUCCGCUAGGCAGCUACACCACGUGAAGUCGGGAAACUUGCUGUUAGAGUUUCACGUGUCUUGAACGUUAAAAGGUGUUUUGGUACUGUUAAGAGAUAAAAUAACUUUCCGUUAAAAUGGUAAGUAACAAAAAGUCAAGGGGACGGCAGAAGUUUCAGUACCAUGUCGACAAAAAAAAGGUUGCAAAGAAAGCCAGGAAGCUCCCAAACAUCACUUGUUCGGCUAUAAAAGACAAUUGGAGGACUAAUCUUUCAGCCAGCCAAAAUUUAAAAGUUAUGGGGCUGGUAUAUGAUUCAAACAAAUCACUUCCCGUCAGCUCUAACACACCUAGGAAUCCUGAAAAUCCAGAACCAACUGCUGUGGUUACUGAACUUGAAAAACAAUCCAAUGCUCCAAGAACAGGAACUAUGAGAAUGCCAAAAGAAAAGGUUAAAUGGAUUGAGUAUCUUCUUGAAAAGCACGGGGAAGAUUAUGAGGCAAUGGCCAGGGACAAAAAUAACCACUAUCAAGAGACUGCAGCCCAGAUAAGACAAAAAAUCAAACAGUUCAAGAAAAGACCUGCAUAUUUGGUAAAAUUCAUGAGAGCUUGUGGGAAGCUCCCAACUUCAACAGAGACUGUGACAGAAUGAGCAAACAUGGUUUCCCCGUGUCGUCAUGGUUUGAGAGUCGGAUAGCGUUUCCUGAGCAAUUGCUUAAGUAUUAUGAUUUGACAUUAUUUCAUCUAGAAAUCUAGUGUGCUCCAUGCGCGUAAUCGUAAUAGUCCGAAAGAGUUAACAGAUAUGAAAUACUGAGAUAUCAUAAGCUAA